AUGCUUGUUGAAGUCGAUAAAGUUUCAAUCCAGAGAAGAGGAUAUCGUCCUUUUUGGAUGGGAUCACAGCCUCUUUUUUCAGUAAAGGUUAAAUGCAACCAGACAGAAUCCCCUGUGGUCUCUGUGAAUAACAGAAGAAGUUGUAGAAUAGGGCUUGUGUUUGAAACAAAUGCAUCUGAAGAUCAACUUGCUCUUGUGUUAACACUUAACAAUGAAAUUGUAAACAUUCCUCUUGUAUUAGACACAUUUGUGAUUCCUGUUUUGUUUAAAAACUACAAAGUGACUAUCUUUGUGAGAGUCAUAGACCGGCCUUACUUUUCUCUUUACGAAAUGAACUCGCUGCAGAUGUCUUUGACAGAUCCAUCCGAUUUGGUUCCAAAUAUCCAGUCCUUUUCAACCUACUACAGCACGAAAAAUGGCCUGAUCAAGCGCUAUUUAUACGACGGAAACAGCUACAAAGUCAACCCAAAGACAUUUGAGGUCACUGACUACUUCCCAAUCCUGCAAAACCCCAUUAUCGCAGAAGCCCACAGAUACACGCUUUCUCUUCUGAAAGUCGGCAUCACUAAGAGCUCAAAAGAAGACGAGGCAUUUUUACGGAACCUUCGAAGGCUUAGAAGCUCGCCCAAAAUGUUUAUUUCCAUAUUUUUCCACAUCUCGCUAGAGGCUUCCCGAGAGUCGAUUCUGCAUUCUCUCUAUAGACUAUAUGCAAAUCCGUGCUAUAAAAAGGAUCUAUAUAAAAGAAUAACAGUCAAGUUCGUUGGGGAAAUGGGGGAGGACCACGGUGCUCUUCGCAAGGAGUUCUUUGAGCUUGCAGGAAACGAGAUUGUGCAGGACAGCCGGUUCUCCCUUGUAAAGGGGCUUUUCGAUCUGGCAACAUCUUCCGAGCUGGCAGAUGAAGCCCGCCCUAAGAAAUAUGUUCUUGAUGUUACUGACACACAGUUCUAUUCUUUUGUGGGCUUCUUUAUUGGGCAUGUCAUCUUCCAGCAGGUGCAGAUAAGCGUGCGCUUCACCAAGAGAUUCUACAUGGCUCUUCUGAAAAAAGAAAGCACGUACAAUGAUAUUACAGAUGAAACCCUGAAAAACAGUAUAGAUUGGAUUAAAAAUAACUCAGUUAGCUCAAUGGACUUUGUGUUUAAGUCCAAUAAGUUAGUAAAUAACAGCAACAAAAACGAGUUUAUUAAAGAGCUUAUAUACGAAGAAACAUUUGGAAAAUUUCCAGGAUAUUCUUCUAUGGCGCAGGGCUUUGCUAAAGCCGUCUCAGAUGUCAUAUUUAGCUUUGAGCCACACCACCUGGAGCGGCUGCUUUCUGGUGUCGCGCAAAUUUCUGUUAGCCAUCUGAAAUCACUUGCAGUCUAUCGGGACUGCACUGUGAACACGGAAGAAGUUGUAAAUUUCUGGCGCAUUCUAGAGUCCUCAAACGAGCAGUUCAAGCGGGAUCUUCUUCGAUUUGUUACGGGAUCUUCUUCUCUUCAGAAUAUACCUGGCUCUGUUUCAGAGUGCAUCAUUAUUACACAGAUAAAGAUACAAGGGUCUCUUCCAACGGCAAAUACGUGCUUUAGAAGGCUAGUAUUAUACAAGUAUUCUUCGUACUCUGAGUUGAAAAAUAAGCUAGAGAGAUCUAUAAAAGAAAACGGAGGCUUUCACUUUAUAUAA